UCCAACACAAACCAAAAAUUUCUUGUCGGCUUUUAUUUUUUGUUUACAAAAUCAAACAAAAUUGUGUUCUUAUUAGAAAAAAACAAAGCCAAAAUAAAAACAAAACAAAAAAAAAAAAAACUAGUUUCUGAAAUUUCCUAAAAUGUUCAGUUCCAAUCUCAAAGACUAUGAUUUAAAAAUAGAAUUAGCCAAAUGUUGCAAUGGCAUUGCCACAGUAUUCCUUAGCCAGUACAUCCCGAAUUCCCACCAUGUAGCAGUUAAGAAAUAUCGCAUGGACAAAGCCUCCAAAGAGGAGAGCAACAUGAUUUGCGAUGAGAUCUUAACUAUGCGUCAAUUUAAUCAUCCAAAUAUUCUAUCAUUCCACACGGCUUUUGUCCAUGCUGCCGAAAUGCAUUUAGUUGCUCCACUUAUGUGCUUUGGUAGUUGCAAGGACACCAGCAGGAAUUGUUUUAGUACCGGUUUCCCGGAAAUAUUUGUCGCUUUAAUAUUGCGUGAUGUUCUCGCUGGGCUAGAGUACAUUCAUCGCAAAGGUUACAUCCACCGAUCCAUUCGUGGUAGUCAUAUUCUCCUUAACCAGACAAAAGCAGUCAUUUCUGGUUUUAGGGAAUGUACGAGCAUUGUUUCGCAUGGAGAACGUGCCAAAACUUUACACAAUCUAGCGCCAUUCAGCAAAAAGAGUCUGAAUUGGUUGGCACCGGAGGUUCUUGAACAGAACUUGAUUGGUUAUACAGAAAAAUCAGAUAUUUAUAGUGUUGGGAUAACAUCAUGCGAAUUGGCCAAUGGCAUGGAACCUUAUGCCGAUAUAGAACCAACAUUUAUGUUCACAGAAAAGAUUCGUGGAAAUGUUCCCACUCUGCUCGAUCGUUCUACUUGUCCCAGCGAAGAGAUGAUGGAUGCAUCAAUGCUGGAAAGCACAAUGGUUGUUAAAGCAGGUCAUAUCUAUAGUCAGCGUGUAUUUUCGGAUGAUUUUCAUCAAUUCACUGAAAGUUGCUUGGAAAAACGUCCCACCAAUCGCAGCAGUGCUAUGCAACUUCUAAGUCAUCCCUUUUUUAAACAAUGUCGAUAUACUAGUAUUUUAGAUCAAUUGACACGAUUUGGUUUGGAAACAAUGGAUUAUACACAAUUAAGAGAUGAAAGCUUAACUAUAUGCAGCGAACUUGCCGAUAUCAAUAUGAAUGGAAAUUUCGAAUGGGAUUUUUAAUACAUAAUCAAAUAAUGUAAAUAAUAAAAAAAAGUUUAUCAAAAAAAGGUGCUCUCAAUAAAAAUGGCACAUAUGCGUACGUUCUAA